AUGGUUUGCAAGUCGUGGGGAAAGGCAGUGAUGGGGCCUUAUUGUUGGAUAGAGAUAGACAUAGACGAAUGGAGCCGAAACUGCAAGCCUGAAAUUGUCGACCGAAUGCUUCGAUUACUAAUUGAUAGAAGCUGUGGGUCGCCCCGAAAACUGUGUGUUUCCGGCCUCUCUGGGGAAGAAAGCAUUUUGUUCAUUGCAAACCAUGCCAAAUCUUUGCAGACGUUGCGACUGCCAAGAAGUGAAAUAAAUGAUUCGAUAGUGGAAAAAGUUUCUGGCAUGCUAUCCACUAUUACGGUUUUAGAUUUGAGUUACUGCAUCAAUAUAGGAGCUCAAGCUCUUGAAGCAAUAGGGCGGCACUGUAAAUUUCUUACUAGUUUGCGACGAAUAAUGCACCCACUAGAGGUGAUCGACAAGCUUUCCCAAGACGAUGAAGCCCUCGCGAUUGCUAAUACAAUGCCUCAACUCAAGCAACUCGAGAUCGCUUACUUGCUUGUUAAUACAGCAAGUGUGACCGAGAUUCUUAAAAACUGCAAGCAGCUUGAGUUUCUAGAUGUACGAGGUUGUUGGAAUGUGAACCUGGAUGAGAAAGUUGUGAAAAAAUUCCCGGAAUUGAAGGUGGUCGGACCUCUAGUUGUGGAUUGUUAUGAUAUGAAUGGCUGGGAUAAUUGCUCGGAUUAUUCAAGCUCGUCUGGUUACCUAGCCUGGGAUUUUGUGGCUGGGGAGAUUGAUGAUGAUUUUGCUGAUGAGAUAUUGGAUGACUUUUGGGAAGAUGAGCAUCCUAUGGACGACGUAGAAAUGUGGUUUUAUGACGAUCUUAAUGCUGUGGACGAGGGUUACGACUGGCCCCAAUCUCCCUGA